AUGCCCGCUCAGCCUGAGCAAGUCAAGUGCACUUCUGACUCCCAGAGCAGACUGGAUGUGUGGCAUGCGGAUUUGCGCUACAAGCUCGGAUCCCGACUUUCAAGAUCGUGUCAGUGGGUUCCGAUAGUGGGACGGGAACGAAGUAGUCGUCAGCUCCUGCCAGUCAUGUCAGAGCUCGGCGAGAUCCGCAACCAAGAGGUCAGUAUAUUCUGGCUUUCUCGCCUCUUCAUUCUGCUUGACCUUCUAGAGAUUCGGGAAUGUGUCACAGAGAGAAACCCGUGCACAGCAGACCAGCUCAAAGCGAAUCACGUCGUUCCCGAUAGCCUGGCAAGUAUAGCAUCUUUGCGCUCUGUUAUAAAACUCGCAGAAAGAGAGGCAAUCAUCACUUCCCGUAAGCAGUGCGCAUUUCAUUCAGUUGAGUGUGCACCCUCUUCUUCGAAUCUAGCAGCGAUCACCUUCUCUCAAUCAGACAAUAAAAGAUGCAGCAAGCAUGUCAAGAAAAUUCCUCGGCAAUCGCGAUCGCUCGACGCUCUCGGAUUCGAAUCGCUUGCAUUAGCUGUCGCAAACGGUGAGUCGUUCCGAUCUACAAAGAUGAAAAUCAAAUGUAGCGGAAAUCUCAGAGGCUGCGAACACUGCGGCGAACGAGGUCAGGUAUGCCUGUAUGCGCCCAGAUCGGACGAAGAGAGACGUAAAGAUAGCAUGUAUAAGCGCAAACUGAAGAGACGUCACCAACGCCAGUCUUUGUAUCUUGACGUCGAUCCGCCCUUUUCGAGCCUUCCAGCUUAUCGAGGCACGUCCUCGUUGGGAUACCAGCUGACUUCAAGGAGCAGUCCAACCACGGAGCAUUCAGAUUUGACCAUGUCGAUAAGUGAGUCAUGCACUUCAGCGUUGCCACGAGCCUUCGAGGCCUACUUUCAGGAUCCUUCUACACGACAGCCCCGGCAUCUUCGAUCUGCCACAUCUGCGCCCACUACACCAAUCGUACCACAGGCGCUGGAGGCUUGCUUCCAGAAUCCGUCUGUUAGACAAGGAUCUUUCCUGCCACAAGCCUAUGCCGUCGUUGAAUCUUCGCGACCCGAAGCAACAUACUGGGAGACGGUACAAGAGAAGCCUUCAUAUCAACAUCGUUAUCUAGAGAAUGACCUCGAUGAUCUCUUCCUUGCAGACCAACGCCAGGCUCUUCUGUCUUCGCCAGUUAUCUCCGAGAGCGCGUCAGAUAUCACUUCUGCUCGAUACAGUCCGCAACAGCCACAUUACCAAUACGUCCUGUUGACUCAUCCUGGCCCGAGUCAGGGUUGGAAUACCAACGUCCAUGGAUUCUAA